CCAAGGCAGAGAUGCUGCUUCUGGGCCGGAAGGCCGCCUGUGAUUACCCACCGCUGUCGCUAGACCUCUGUCCUCCUCCUCAACCCCACUGCACAUGUGAGAAUUUGUAGCAAAAUUGCUGGGCUUUGGAGAGGAGAGCGGGGCUAAGAAUCCUCCUGGGGCCUUGAAAGUUCAUCUUUGACCCCAAACAAUCCAAGGAUUUCUUUUGAAGACCACCAUAACAAAAAUAUAUUCGCAAAUCGAAAAAUUUGGAUGGGCUCAAAAAUGAAUCUCAUCGAACACUCCCAUUUCCCUACCAUGGAUGAAUUUUCUUUUUCUGAAAAUUUAUUCGGUGUGCUCACAGAACAAGUGGCAGGUCCUCUGGCACAGAAUCUGGAAGUGGAACCGUACUCCCAAUACAACAGUGUGCAGUUUCCCCAAGUUCAACCCCAGGUCUCCUCCUCAUCCUAUUAUUCCAACCUGAGUUUCUACCCACAACAGCCUGAAGAGUGGUACUCUCCUGGGAUUUACGAACUCCGGCGAAUGCCCCCUGAAGCUCUCUACCAGGCAGAGACUGAGAUCGCAGAGAUACCUGUAACUAAGAAGCCCCGAAUGGGCACAUCGGCAGGGAGAAUAAAAGGGGAUGAGCUGUGUGUUGUUUGUGGAGACAGAGCUUCUGGAUACCAUUAUAAUGCACUGACCUGUGAGGGGUGCAAAGGUUUCUUCAGGAGAAGCAUUACCAAGAACGCCGUGUACAAGUGUAAAAACGGGGGCAACUGCGUGAUGGAUAUGUACAUGCGGAGGAAGUGCCAAGAGUGUCGACUAAGGAAAUGCAAAGAGAUGGGGAUGUUGGCUGAAUGUAUGUAUACAGGCUUGUUAACUGAAAUUCAGUGUAAAUCUAAACGACUGAGAAAAAAUGUGAAGCAGCAUGCAGAUCAGACGAUGAAUGAAGACAGUGAAGGUCGCGACUUGAGACAAGUGACCUCGACCACCAAGUCAUGCAGGGAGAAAACUGAACUCACCCCAGAUCAACAGAAUCUUCUACACUAUAUUAUGGAUUCAUAUAACAAACAGAGGAUGCCUCAGGAAAUAACAAACAAAAUCUUAAAAGAAGAAUUCAGUGCAGAAGAAAAUUUUCUCAUUUUAACUGAAAUGGCUACAAGUCAUGUACAGAUCCUCGUUGAAUUCACCAAAAGACUGCCAGGCUUUCAGACUUUAGACCAUGAAGAUCAGAUUGCUUUGCUGAAAGGGUCUGCAGUUGAAGCUAUGUUCCUCCGUUCAGCCGAGAUUUUUAAUAAGAAACUUCCAGCUGGACAUGUUGACUUGCUAGAAGAGAGAAUUCGAAAGAGUGGUAUCUCUGAUGAGUAUAUAACGCCUAUGUUUAGUUUUUAUAAAAGUAUUGGGGAAUUGAAGAUGACUCAGGAAGAGUAUGCUCUGCUUACAGCGAUUGUUAUCCUCUCUCCAGAUAGACAAUACAUAAAGGAUAGAGAGGCGAUAGAGAAGCUUCAGGAACCGCUGCUGGAUGUGCUCCAGAAGUUGUGUAAGAUUCAUCAGCCUGAGAACCCGCAGCAUUUCGCCUGUCUCCUGGGUCGCCUGACCGAACUGCGGACGUUCAAUCAUCACCACGCGGAGAUGCUGAUGUCCUGGCGGGUGAACGACCACAAGUUCACCCCGCUGCUCUGCGAAGUCUGGGACGUGCAGUGACGGGCGCAGCCGGGGGCCGGUCUGGAUGCUUUUCCCUCAUGAUAGAAAUCUGAUGCAUAGCUUUCCUUCGUUUUAUUUGUACUUGGUUUCAUUCAAGAAAUCUUGAUGAAUAUUUAUGUAGUAAUUACGCAUCUGACUUCCGCAACUGUAAGCACAGGACUAGGCAGAAGCGCUUUCUCGGCUCUCCCUCUCACAGGCUCCAGGGAAUCCCACACUCUGAUCGCCCUGAUUGCCUAAUUAAAUUGAUUGUUGCUUCAAUUCUAUCUGUGGAACUAGGGGGGGAAAUCUCAUUUUGCUCUUUAUUUUAACGUAUUCAGUAUAUAUUUUAUUAAAGCAUUGCAUUCAAGUUUGGCAAUAAACUGAACAUUGUGGCAAUAGG